UGCUUGCCGCCGUUGAUCCGGUGCUGCAGUGAGGAGGUGGUUCUCGCCCGUGUUGUGUGAGUGAGCGAGUGAGUGAGUGAGUGAGUGAGUGUGUGAGUGUGUGUGUGUGGGGACUCGGCUUGUUGUUGUCGGUGACUUCCCCCUCCCUUCCACCCCUCCCCUUUCCCCGCCGCUGCUGCAGUGGCCGCUCCCUGGGCCAUAGGAAAUGAGCGAUAACGAUGACAUCGAGGUGGAGAGCGACGAAGAGCAACCGAGGUUUCAGUCUCCGGCUGACAAACGGGCUCAUCAUAAUGCACUGGAGCGGAAACGUAGGGACCACAUCAAAGACAGCUUUCACAGUUUGCGGGACUCGGUCCCAUCACUCCAAGGAGAGAAGGCAUCCCGGGCCCAAAUCCUAGACAAAGCCACAGAGUAUAUUCAGUAUAUGCGAAGGAAAAACCACACACACCAGCAAGAUAUUGAUGACCUCAAGCGGCAGAAUGCUCUUCUGGAGCAGCAAGUCCGUGCACUGGAGAAGGCGAGGUCGAGUGCCCAACUGCAGACCAACUACCCCUCCUCAGACAACAGCCUCUACACCAACGCCAAGGGCAGCACCAUCUCUGCCUUCGAUGGGGGCUCGGACUCCAGCUCAGAGUCAGAGCCCGAAGAGCCCCAAAGCAGGAAGAAACUCCGGAUGGAGGCCAGCUAAGCUAACCGGGGCAGGCCAGCAAUAAAAACUGUCUGUCUCCUCCGUCGUCUCAUCCUCCUUCAGUUCAUCGUUAGAACCCUUUAAGAGACUCUUUAUUUUUCUUAUUAUUUUUUUUUUAAUUUUUAUUUUUACAUAGAAGCUCUUGGACAACAGCUCUCGUUCUCCUCUAUUUCCAGUACCUUUUUUUUUUAAAGAAUACGUUUUUUUUUUUCCCCUUCAGGGAUUCCCUGUUCCCACCAGGAAUUUUUAAACCAAAACACCCCAACUUGGCAGCUUUUUCUGUGGAGGACAGACGGCCAACCGGACCUCUGAGCACAUGGUGUCCUAACCACCCCACCAGCUCCCCCAGCCCUGCCGGGCACCGCCGCCUGGAGGACUUCUUCCCCUCACAGGCCUCUCCUUCCUGUCUGCCUUCACCUCUGUUUGAUAGACUUUGUGAAUCUGUGAACUGCUCUACAUUGAGAAGAUGAUGAGUUUGGAAUAAUCAGAAUUAUCCCUGUCACCCCACCCUUUUUUUUUUUUUUAAGUAUUUUGUUUUUCUUUCUUAAAAAGCUAUUUAUCACUCUUACUGAAAGACCAGAUCCUUGACAUUUGUCAUAGAAAAGUGGGGCCAGAUUUGCUGCGCUGUCUUGGGCAUGUUUCACUCCUGCUUCUCUCAGCAGCUGUCCUGAGCUUGUGUUGGUGGCGGUGCAGAGGGCCACAGGUCCCUCUGGUACGUUUGGGAGAAAGCAGUAGUGAAGUUAGUCACCAGGGAGUUGGUAGUAGUGGGUGGCUUUAUUGUUGGGUGGAACAGGGAGGGGGAGUCUAGGACGGGGGUAGAAAUUUUAUAUUGAGGGCCAGUGAUAAUGUUUUGAUAUUUAUUUCCUGCUUCUGAAAUUUGAAUCUGAGUGAAUUAGCCCUAUUUCUGAUGAUGUUGGUAUUGCAAAGCAACAGAUUCAUAAAGUAAUGAUCAAAUCAUACUUCCCGUGUGCAUUUCUAAGAAAUAGAGCCAACUGAUUUUGUAUGUAAAUACCAAGAGCAAUUUACCUGGUACUAAACCCGCGCACAGCGGUGCAGACCCUUCCUCUCCUCGCCCCCUUCCUUCCGUCCGGGAACCUGUCUCCUUUUUGUGAUCCAGCCCUGGUUCUGGCUGUGGUCGACAGAUCCCAGUGAAGGGUUUUGAGUGUUUAGGCCUCAUUUCUUUGUCUUUUUCCUACUCCGUUCCUGGCAUUCGCUGAUUUCUAGUGUAUACUCUGUAGUCUCAGUCUGUGUUUGAUUCCAUUCCAUGGAAAUAAAAAGUAUGUUGUACAUACUGCAGAAGAAUUGUCUUGCAAGUUAAGGCUUCCCCCUUUACUAUAAGACUAUAAAUAAAAACUUAUUUUAUCCUUCUU